AUGGCGGGCUGCUGCGCGGCGCUGGCCGCCUUCCUGUUCGAGUACGACACGCCGCGCAUCGUGCUCAUCCGCAGCCGUAAAGUGGGGCUCAUGAACCGGGCCGUGCAGGUGCUCAUCCUGGCCUACGUCAUCGGGUGGGUGUUUGUGUGGGAAAAAGGCUACCAGGAAAUGGACUCCGUGGUCAGCUCCGUUACUACCAAAGCCAAAGGCGUGACUGUAACCAACACUUCUACACUUGGAUUCCGGGUCUGGGAUGUGGCGGACUAUGUGAUUCCAGCUCAGGAGGAGAACUCCCUCUUCAUCAUGACCAACAUGAUCACCACCGUCAACCAGACCCAGGGCCUCUGUCCUGAGCUUCCAGAUAAGACCACUGUGUGUAAAUCUGAUGCCAACUGUGCUGCUGGCUCUUCAGGCACCCACAGCAACGGAAUUGCAACAGGAAGAUGCGUGCUGUUCAAUGAGACCGUGAAGACGUGCGAGGUGGCAGCCUGGUGUCCAGUGGAAGAUGACACACAUGUGCCUGAACCUGCUUUUUUAAAGGCUGCAGAAAACUUCACUCUUUUGGUUAAGAACAACAUCUGGUAUCCCAAAUUUAAUUUCAGCAAGAGGAAUAUUCUUCCCAACAUCACCACGACCUACCUCAAAUCGUGCAUUUAUGAUGCCAUAACAGAUCCCUUCUGCCCCAUAUUCCGUCUUGGCAAAAUAGUGGAGAAUGCAGGGCACAGCUUCCAGGACAUGGCCAUUGAGGGAGGUAUCAUGGGUAUCCAGAUCAACUGGGAUUGCAACCUGGACAGAACCGCCUCCCUCUGCUUGCCCAGGUACUCCUUCCGCCGCCUGGACACCCGGGAUGUGGACCACAAUGUGUCCCCCGGCUACAAUUUCAGGUUUGCCAAGUACUACAGUGACCCGACUGGCGCCGAGCACCGCACGCUCAUCAAGGCCUACGGCAUCCGCUUCGACAUCAUAGUGUUCGGAAAGGCUGGGAAAUUUGACAUCAUUCCCACCAUGAUCAACAUUGGCUCGGGUUUGGCGCUCUUAGGGGUGGCGACAGUGCUGUGUGACGUCAUAGUCCUCUACUGCAUGAAGAAAAGAUACUACUACCGGGAGAAGAAAUACAAGUAUGUGGAGGAUUACGAGCAGGGGCUUGGCAGUGAGAUGGACCAGUGAUGCCUCCACACCUGGGCUCCCCAUGGCCCUCAUCAGAGCACAGCGAGGAGGGAGAAAAGGCUGCCAUUGUCACCCCAGAGAAAGUUCCAGACUCUGAGUCCAUCUCCACUGCACAAGAACUUCAUGGUUGCCCAGCUGCUCCCGUGUUUUGUGUGUAGGGCGUGUGUAGUAAACCACCCUGCACAGUGGGUCACCUCAAUGUGGGGUUGUUGGGGCGACCUCUGGCCUAAGGGCUCUGGCCCUACUGCUGCUGCUGGGCAGGGCCAGCCUUCCUCAGGGGCUCCAGUCUCCAGGCCACUGUGAGACCGGUCCAGCUGGGGCCCAGCAGCUCUGUUCAAGCACUUUAUAAGGGAAGGAAGGGCACCUGGGUGUGGUCACUGGCUCUUGGUCACCCGGUCCACUCUUCCUCCCCCCAAUCCAUACUGUCAUGGGACAGAGUUAGCACGUCUCCUUGAGAAGAGGCAUGUCGAGGUGAUCAAGGACCAAACAUUAAAACGAUUUUCUCAA